UGGUGGUUGGUGGUUGUAGCGCGUAUAAGGAAAAGGGAAAAUAAAUGAAAAAAAAUAAAUAAAUAUUGUGUUGACGAACUUAGUCAAGGCAUUGCCAACUUAGUUGAAUUUUGGUUGAAUUUUCGUGCGGCCGUUUGUGUGUGUAAAUUAUAAAACUGCAAAAAAAAAAUAAAAAUAAUAACAAAACAAGCUUAUGUUUUAUAUAUCUAAAAUAAUAAUACUAACAAAAAGUAAAUACAUAAUGUGCAAUAAAAAAUAGUUUAUACAAAUUAAACAAUUUAAUAAAUAAUUUACGCGCACUUUGUUAUUGUGUAACGUGAAAUUUAAUAUCAUUGAAAUGAAUUGCGUGAAAAAGCUGUUGGAAAGAGGCGAAAAAAGUCGCCGAUCUUAUGAAAUCGCCAAGCAAUUGUUAUUUUAAACCGUAGUGCUCUUAAUAUUAAUCUGGGACAGACAGAAAUUAAAAAAAAACAUUUAAACUAUCUUAUAGAAAUACGUUUAGAAAUAUAUAUUUUGUGUAUAAAAUACAUUAAAAAGUUUUUACUUAAUGCUCAAUCACUUGUCAAACUCGAAUGGGACGUUGAGCAUGGAGUCAAUUAGUGAAAUAAUUGACCAUCAGACACUGAGUCGGCAGCUGGUAGAAGAUACCAGCGAUCUGAUGGUACAACACACAUUGGUAGGCCGUACACCAUCGCCGGCCUCUUCGGUAACGGUAUUAUCAACGCAUGAUGGAGUGGUGGAUGAACACGAGGUGGCCACAACAUCAAAUGUUGUUUUGAAUUCAGACUCAGGAGAACACAGCAAUAUGGCAUUGGUGCACAAUAUUAUGGAUCAUCAUGGUAGUCCUACGUAUCAAACACAACGGCUACACCAGCAACAUCAUUUGCAUCAGCAGCAGGAACAUAAUAUACAACAGCACCAUCACCACCAGCAUUUGAGUUUGCCGCAACGUUUGCAUCUGGAUAGCCCAGUGCAUUUUGUGGCAACUGAUAAUACCUUAGACGCUUUGUCAGUGGGCUCGAACUGUUCGAAUACAAUGGGACAUAUCAUUGCCGUGGAGCAAGAACACAAGUUAGUGAUAGUUAAUGGCAAUAGUAAUGGUAGCAGCAGCAACAACAACAAUAAUAACAACAAUAUUUGUAAUAAUCAUAAAAAUAAUAACAAUAACAGUAUUAACAGUGAUCACAACAAAAAUAAUUGUGAUUUGGGUGUCGUUUUAGAUGACCUAACGAACGACGAUCACACAACUAUGGAUUCCACAGACCAGCCGAGCUACGAGUCACAUGAGGCUUCUGGGGAACCUGAAUCACAUCGCAAUUCCUCGUUACAUCACAUGCAUCACCACCAGCAACAGCGUAGUCGUUCCAACAUUCAUGAUCAUUCCUCUCUUCACUCAUCUCAAACAGAGCCACUAACAGUAAUAGUUCAAAAUCACGACGACUCUCGGGACUCGGCUACUCAGAUAUUGAGUCCUCCAGAACUUAGUGUAGUGGGUGUAGGAGAAAACUCACUGGGGACUAGUUCCUAUCAAACACUAACAUCAGUAGUUAACGAUGAGCCAUUAUCACCGCCCGGUUUUAGUCCAACAUCAGCUUAUGCUACAUUGACACCUUUGCAGCCAUUGCCUCCCAUUUCCACAAUGUCAGAGAAGUUUGCUUAUGGUGGGCAUAUAAGUGGAGGAGGUGUUAUUAGUAGUUCUAGCACAAAUGAUGCAUCUAGUGACGAUGGAGGUAACGGCAAUAGUACCUCGAAUGGACCAGCUGGAGUUGUUGGCCCUUAUGUUGUGAUGCCAUCUACUCAUCAUAGUCACAAUCAACACCAACAUUCACAACAUCAUCAUUCGCACCAACACCACUCAAAUCCACUGAGUUCUCUUAGCUUAAGUGGUCUGAGUGGCGGUGAACCAUCACCAUAUUCCUCAUAUGACAAACUACCAACAAUGGGGAUGUCUAUGACGCCGCCUCAUAACUAUGGCAGUUCUCCCUCACACACUCUUUCAGGACUUGUAGUAUCCUGUGAUUUGCCGGAAACUUCACCAGGUGGCUGUGGACCUCUGUCACCUCAGUCACCUUAUAGUCACUCGACUGCGACGGAGUUACAGUCACCGAAACCUUCACAAUCGAAUUUGCUGCAUUGUAAGGAGUCCUCGAGCUCGAAAUCAAACACCAUAACUAGCGAUAGUGGUGUCACCGGAUCUGUUGCACAACAGCAGCGUCAUGUAGUGUGCCUGUCCUCUGUUAAUAUCAAUGGCAGUAGUGUUGUGGGCGAUCAUGUCAUUGUUACAGAUUACGGAUCACCCUAUAAUUCUCAGCAAAGAGACUUGAUUGUCUCAACCAAUCCAUCUACCUCAUCAGCAUCUAAUGUUGUCGGUCGAAAUGGCUCUCACUUACAACUACAGCCUCCAAGUCCCGGAGUUCUAAGUCCACACUCGGUAUCUGCCAGUUCUAUGAAUUCUCCUGGCACAGUCGUGACCUUACCACAUAUGAACAACAAUGGUAGCAAAAGCUUAGUAGAUAUAUCAGCAUUACAAGGACAACAACAACAGCAUGUAGUAUCGCUUACUCCUUCACCACCACCAACUCAAAGCAUCGGCUUAAAUGAAGUGCCUCAAACCUUACUAGUAACAGCAAAUCAUGGGAAUGAUGAGAAUAAUGUAUUAAACGGGCGAAGACUGAUGAUUAAUGGCAGUAGUUUAGAUACACAGUUAAUAAUGCAAACGACACAACAGCAACAAGAUUUAAAACCGCAUCCCAUAACUAGUGAGUGUUCGAAUAAUGGAUCGCAACAAAUUGUUAUUCAAUCUCAACAACAACAGCAGCAGCAAACGAUUCAGAACCAACAAAAUCAGAAUGAAAUUCUGCCUCGUAAUAAACACUCUAUUACUAAUUCAAACACAAGCUCAAAUACCAACAACACGAGUACGAGCUGUGGCGAUAUGGAAGAAAUUAAUACGAAAGAGUUGGCUCAACGAAUUUCGGCCGAACUUAAGCGCUACAGUAUACCUCAAGCAAUAUUCGCUCAACGAGUUUUAUGUCGUUCUCAAGGCACCUUAUCUGAUUUGUUGCGCAAUCCAAAACCCUGGUCUAAACUUAAAUCUGGUAGGGAAACAUUUCGACGCAUGUUUAAAUGGUUGCAAGAGCCAGAAUUUCAACGAAUGUCUGCCUUGCGUAUGGCAGCUGCUCAAUUGCCACAACGCAGCUCAUGCACAACUAAUGGCAACAGUUCAAUUAAUCAUCAUAUAGUCAAUAAUAGUGCACAUGAAGAUUUCGAUAUGGAUUUUGUAGGACCGACUAGUAUAAGCAGUACAUCACCGGGCUCUGUUUCAGGUGGACCUUUGGUGUCAGCUGGAGGAUCCUGUCAUCGCAAAGACGAACCUCAAAUGGAACACAUGCCACAACCUAAAAAACCUCGUCUGGUGUUUACCGAUUUACAAAGACGAACUUUGCAGGCAAUCUUUAAGGAAACUAAAAGGCCUUCAAAGGAAAUGCAAGUAACAAUUGCGCGACAACUUGGACUAGAACCAACAACUGUGGGUAACUUUUUUAUGAAUGCAAGACGUCGUUCAAUGGAUAAGUGGCGGGAUGAUGACGGAAAUAGCAAUAUAUCUGGACAUAAUGGUGGAAAAAACUCAUCAUAUCAAUCAAAUUCUAGCAGCAAUAACCAUAAUCAGAGCCUUCAAAAUCACUCCGGCCACCAUAGCAAUUCUAACAAUGGCAGUCAGCAAUAUAUUAACAAUAGUCGCAACAAUAUUGGCAAUUUACACUUACAACUUUCUUCUUCUCAUCAUCAUCACCAUUCAUCAUCACUUGAUUUAGAUGAUGAUGGAGAUAUGGAUCUGGAUUUGGUACACGAUGAUUUCGAACUAAGCGACAACAAUAUCGAUGACAGUCAACACCAGAAAGAUGACAUGUUGUGACAUAAUACAGA